UUUUUAAACUUUACGUAAUGACGUUCAUAUUCACACGUACGUCACAUCGCCUCCGUUCCAAAGCUCGGAUGUUCCAGGCGGUGCAGCCUUUUGAUGUUCCUUAUCAAUAUUUGUCAUUUAACACUGAUGUUGUAAAGGUUUUUAUAUCACAGGAGGCUGCUUCUCUCUCUUUCCCCUGCUGUCGCUCCUUGCCUGUGGAUGGUGGGCUGAGUUCCAGCAGCUGUUAGAGCCACACCCUCUUGUUGUUUUUAUUGUCCCGGUGUUCCCUUGGUUGAUCUCCGGCUCCAACCGUCAACCUUCCCCGUUGCCUGGAGCCGGCCGGCCGGCCGCGUGCAUGCAGCAGAAUGGCUCGAGCGGCUCUAACGGUUCAGACGGCGGCAGGGAGCGGCAGGCUCUGUCCUUCAGUCCGCUACCCGCUGCUGCUACUACGCGGGUGAGGCGGUUCAUUCAGGAUAGACAGCGGACACUGCCGCUGCCCAAAGUGAUGGUGGUUUUCUCCGCUGCUGGGGACGCGGAUAAACCGAGCGAUGCCAUGUCAAGCUCGGACCCUACGGAGGAGGGCGACGGCGUCCGAAAGCUGACGGCCUCCCCCUCUCCGAAGCACCGCGGAGCGCCGAGCAAGCCACUGCGCUCCUCGCUGAACACCCAGGAGCAGCAGGAGUUUCCAGAGGUCAUCUCCCUGAACGUUGGGGGCACCUACUUCACCACACGCCUCUCCACGCUGCGGAGAUACGAGGACACGAUGCUGGCUGCCAUGUUCAGCGGGCGGCACCACAUCCCACGGGAUGCAGAGGGACGCUACUUCAUAGAUCGGGAUGGUGCAUACUUUGGGGAUAUCCUGAACUUUCUCAGAGAGGGAGAGCUUCCCCACCGGGACCGGGUGAGAGCAGUGCACAGAGAGGCUCAGUAUUACGCCAUCGGCCCACUGCUAGAGAGCCUGGAGGACAUCCAGCCUCUGACAGGGGAGAAGGUCCGACAAGCUUUCCUCGAUCUGCUGCCCUAUUACAAAGAUAAUCUUGAGCGCAUUGUGGAGAUCGCCAAGCUGAGAGCCAUGCAGAAGAAGGCGCGAUUUGCAAAGUUAAAGGUCUGCGUCUACAAAGAGGAGAUGCCCAUCACGCCGUACGAGCGGCCUCUUUUCAACUCUCUGCGCUUUGAGCGCUCGGACAGCGAGGCUAAGCUCUUCGAACAUCACUGCGAGGUGGACGUCACCUUUGGCCCCUGGGAGGCGGUGGCUGACGUUUACGACCUGCUGCACUGCAUCGUCAGCGACCUGGCGGAGCGCGGCAUCACGGCCGAGCAACAGUGCAUCGGAGUGUGCGACAAGCACCUCAUCAACCAUUACUACUGCAAGAGGCCCAUCUACGAGUUUAAGAUCACAUGGUGGUGAAGCUGUCACAGCUGCUGGACCAAACAGAAACAGAUGAGGGAUUUUUACUAGAAUUUGAAUAGUACUGAAUUUUGUAUUGAAAUAUUGAAGCUAACAAUUUUUUGUGCCGACAUCUUAGAAUGUGACUCUUUAAAUCCCGCUGUGAGUAUUUUUCUGUUAUAUAUUCCUCAAAGCAAAAACUCUAAUGUUGACAUAUAGGAAUUUUUAAAAGUUUUACCUCGUAUUGUCACUGCUGGGCUGCUCCUGCUUUUACCAUUAUAUCCUUCCAAAUAUAGGGAGCUCAUACUAACCCUACUGUUACCCACACCUUUAUGGGGCUACACAUCCCAUCCUUCUUCAGUUCUACAUUUAGUCUGCUGGUUGCUCCUGAUUGAUUUACCGUGUAGUUGCAGAUUUCUUAAGCCUUUCAAACUUGGCAGUUUGUAAAAGUUUUGGAUCAUCAAGCAAGUUUAAAUUUUAGACAGCCAUAACCAGGAUUAUUGCUAAAUUAAGGUUUAAGUUGAUUGAUAGGAGAAAAAGAUAGGAAAUCUAACAUUUAACUAUGUGAAAACGGAAAACUAAUACCUGUAAUGAGCUACAUCUGAUGGUAUUUA